UUGAGUGUGACAGGGAGCUCCGGGUGUGACAGGGAGCUCCGGGUGUGACAGGGAGCAUCGAGUGUGACAGGGAGCUCCGGGUGUGACAGGGAGCAUUGAGUGUGACAGGGAGCUCCUAGUGUGACAGGGAGUGUCGAGUGUGACAGGGAGCUCCUAGUGUGACCGGGAGCUCCUAGUGUGACAGAGAGCAUCGAGUGUGACAGGGAGCUCCUAGUGUGACCGAGAGCACCUAGUGUGACAGGGAGCUCCUAGUGUGACAGAGAGCAUCGAGUGUGACAGGGAGCUCCGGGUGUGAGGAGAUCUGGUGUGAUAAGGAGAUCCUGAUGUGACAUGGAGUUGUGGUUCACGUUCGUUUAGUUUAUUAUUGUUACGUGUACCUAGGUACAGUGAAGAGCUUUUUGUUGUGUGCUAUCCAGUCAGCGAAAGGACUGUGGGGUUUGUUUAGCUGGGUGGUGAGGACUGAGUGUGUGAGCGGAGGGCAGCAAAAGCUAAGCACGAACAGGGGGCUGAGAGGGCCAAAUGUAUGAAGGUGACAGCUAGGGUUGAGUGUGAGUUGGAGGCAGCGAGGGUCAAGUGUGAAGAGGGGUAGCAAGGGCCUAGUGUGAGCGGGGUCAGUGAGGGCUGAGUGCGAGCGGUGGCAGCGAGGGCCAAGUGUGAGCAGGGGAGUGAGGCCAGAGUGUGAGCAGAAGAGUGAGGGACAAGUAUGAGCAGGGGCGGCAGCGCUAGGCACUUUCCUGACAGUGAACAGUGGGGAAGGACUGGGCACUAAGCCUUUGAGUGUACAUUAAACUGUGGACAGGAGAUAGAGACUGUAAACGAGAGGAGCUAAACGGGAACAGUGUGGAAUAUUGUGCUGUGGCGGUGAAUGUGUGUGUUUGUGGCAAUCGCAAAUAAAUACCAUGGAUCAGACAAUGUGGUUGUGUAUGCUCUAUCCUACCAUCCUAUGCUUCCUUUGGAUAAAACACAGCACCAGUCUCCUCCAGUCCAGUUGGUGUCCACCUGAACAUUACCCUGUGUGUCCCGUCAUGCUUUGCGAUACAGGGACACCGAUGAUUCACAUCAAGGCACGAAGCUCGCCCUACCCAGGAUCACAGGUCAAGCGGUUCCCUGUCCACAAUGAUAAAGUCAGGUGGAGCAGAGAGUGGGCAGAAUAUGAUCCGGUGGACUACACGGCAGAGAUUGUCAAGGCUGGGCCGGAAUGGGCUGAUCCUGACUUUAGGGACAGCAGGCGACUGAAACAUGUUCCACGCUUCAAUGCACUGGAUGAGGUCAUCAAUCGGAGGAGCUACCUGGGUGCGUACGAUCUGGACAAGGACAACCUGCCUCGGAAUCCGAUGGGAAGAACAGGAAUGAUUUCCCGAGGCUUGCUGGGAAAGUGGGGACCAAACCAUGCAGCUGAUCCCAUUGUUACACGGUGGAAGAGAGAAGGAGGUGAAAAGGUGAUCCACAAGCUCUCUGGAAAACCCAUCUUACAGUUCAUCUCAAUAGAGAGGAAGGACUGCAAGCAAUGGGCAAUUCCAGGGGGAAUGGUGGAUGCUGGUGAGCAAUUGUCCGCCACGAUGAAGCGCGAGUUCGGGGAAGAGGCGCUCAAUUCUCUCAAACUUCCUGGCCCGGAGAAGGUCCGCAUGGGAAAACAGUUCCGAGCCAUUUUCAGCAAAGAGAACGCUGUGAAGGUAUACGCAGGAUAUGUGGACGAUCCUCGGAACACUGACAACGCCUGGAUGGAGACACUGGCCAUGAAUUUCCAUGAUGAUGCUGGGGACAGCGUGGGAGACCUGAAUCUACAUGCAGGUGACGAUGCCGGGGAUGUCCAGUGGUUUGACAUUGACCAGAAUCUGCAGCUCUACGCCAGCCACAGUCGCUUCCUGAAGAUGGUCGUUGAGUUGCGGGAUGCCCAUUGGUAGUGGCGGAUGGCAGGCAAAGUAAAUCCGAGGAGGAUCAAAAUGAACAGAAACUGAGAUGCAGGGGGCAGAGUGGGAGCUGUGUCUCCAUUCUCCCUCACUUCCUCAUGCAACCACUCACUUCUCUUCCCUUGUGCCUUUCCCUUGGCCUUCUCUCACCUCUCCCUGCCCACUCCCUCUAGUGAUCUACGCAUUUCCGCCACGCUCCCUUCUUAUCAGAAUCCUGACCAUCUUUCCUUCUCUUUCCUUCGCCCGUCUCCCUCUAUGCUGCCUGCCCUAUUUUCCUCUCCCCUUCUCAGUCAAGAUGAAUAAUUUUAGAGAAAUUGUGAGGAAGAGCUGAAAAUGGCUCCUCUUUCUCAAUAAACCGAAAGAUAGAUCGUUUAUUAAAGAUGCCCUAAUAUGGAAAUCAGAUCAAUUAGUGACCUUCUUGUUAUUCUACAGUAAGCACAUUAAAAACAUUCCUGGAGUAUGUGCCAGUAAUCAUUGUCAAAUGAUAUUGAGCCAACACAAAAUUCGACAGACAUGUGCAGAUACUGUAGGCUCACAAAACUGGAGUAACUCAGCGGUGCAGGCAGUAUCUCUGGAGAGAAGGAAUGGGUGACGUUUCGGGUCGAGACCCUUCUUCAGACUGAAAGUCAUGGGGAAGGGAAAGGAGAGAUAUAGACGAUGAGGAUGUUGCCAAACUCUCAUGGGAGAGAGAACUUCUUCAAAGUAGGCAUGUUUUGAGGAGAUUUUGCAGUGGAGCAGACGAAUUGUGUAGGGAGGAACUGCAGAUGCUGGUUUAAACCGAAGACAGACACAAAAAGCUGGAGUAACUCAGCGAGACAGGCAGCAUCCAUGUUUUAUGUAACAAUCUGUGUUGGGCUGUGUCUAUGUACCUGUGAUAUUGCUGUAAGCAAGAUUUUCAUUGUACCUAUACCCCACCACAUAUGUACAUAUGACAAUAAACUGGACUUGAGCAAUAAGCUAAUAGCACUUUCAA